AGAGAGAGAGAGGGAAAACGAUUUUCUGUGGGAAAUCCUCACCAGUGUAGCUGCUCUCAGUCUCAGCUCAGCUAUGAACAGGUCGCUCUGACGGGGGCGCGCAGGUCUUCGGUGAGGAUUUAAACUUAAACCUAAAUGAACUGUGACUUGGGCCAAAGGGGAACGUGGACACAGAAGCAGCGGAGACCUUAAGGAGCGAUUGAGAUUCACCCCAGCCAAAGCCCAGCAAGGCCAUGCUCACACUAUGACCACUACAAUGGUUCGGUCUGUGAUGUUGACAGUCCUGAUGCAUAUUUUCCUGGUGUCCUAUGGUGUUCAGUGUUUGGAGCCUGAGGAGGGAACCUCUCUCCAGACAGGUGCCCUGGAUCUCCCAUGGCAGGAUGAGCUGUGCUGUGACUCACCUUCAGCCCACCUCAAUGUGGAGGGAGGCGGCACGCAUACACCCAGGACAAACCGCUCCGGAUCAAACCUCCCACAGUAUCCCCGCUGCAGCUUCAGGAGCUUGAAAACCGAAUCACAUCCUCACGAGCCCUCUGCCGGCACCUGUUUGGACAUACUGUGCAGAAUUGAAAACUGGGAGAAAUUAACUUGUGAUCUCCAGUCUCACGGCGACCCAUCAACCACUCUGGAUGCCAGCCUGAUGGCGGUCAGCUUACAGCGUCUGCUGUCCCAGCAAGAGGAUUCACAGGUGAACUAUGGGAAUCCUGCGUCUGGUGAUCCUGUUGUCUGUGAAGCGAAGGAUUCCUUCAUGUGUUCAGUCACUCUUGACACUACAACAAGCUUUGUCACUGUGGUGACUGUCAGCAUCUCCAACGCUGUAGCUCUGCCGGUCCUGCUCAGAGUUCCUGCCCGACCUGUAAAACCUGGUCCUCCAGUCAACCUUUCCCACACGCAGACCAUCGAGGCAGAACUGAUUUUACACUGGGACGACCCACCAGACUUUACUGAUACUGGCCUUCUGAGAUAUGAGGUCCGAUACUCCUUUAACACCACUAAUCCAGCCUGGCAGAUGGUGUCUGCACCCGCAGAGCCCAGACUGUCUCUGGAUCUGAAGCCCAGACUGAACUACACCAUCCAGGUUCGCUGCUCCGGCCUGGAUGAGCCGCCGCUGUGGAGCGAGUGGAGUGAAAGUCACCACAUCUACCUGGACACGGUGAGCUACAUCCCUGAGAAAGUUGUGGCGCGACCAGGGGAGAACGUAACGGUGUAUUGUGUGUUCAACGAUCACAGCAUCAACGCCAGCACGGCCAUGUGGAUGCUCAACUUCCAGCAGCCGCUACAUCGCAGCCAGUACCACCCCAUCAACCAGUGGGUCAGCCAGAUCACAGUGCGUCCUUCAGAGACUCGGAUGUAUGACCUGCUGCAGUGCACUCAGGAGUGGACCAUCCCUUACAGCCAGAUCUAUGUGGAGGGAGCUUCCAUUGAUAUCACCUGUGAAACCAACGGUGACAUCGAUGCUAUGGACUGCAGCUGGAAGAACACACAGUGGACUAAACCCAAAUUUCGAUCCAGGUGGGCUGACCUGUCGUGCGAUGUGAUGGAGGAAAGGGAGAGAGCGGGUGAGAAAGUGGGGGAGAUGGGGCCUGCUUGCCUGCCGGUCAGAUCCAGGGAGAAAAGCUGCACCAUCCAUCCUCUGAGGAUGAACUGCUACAAGCUGUGGCUGGAGGUGUCGUCCCGUCUGGGCCCCAUCAGGUCCAAACCCGUCUACCUGUCGCCCAUAGAUCAUGUGAAACCCCACACACCCACUAAUGUGAAGGCAGUGAGCCGGAGCAGUGGGGUCCUGACGGUCACUUGGGAGCCUCCGUCUCUGCCGGUCCAGGGGCUCCAGUGUCAGUUUCGGUACCACUCGCCGUCCAUGGUGAGAGCCCAGCCGGAGUGGAAGGUCCAGAGUCCGGUGCGUGUUCCUUCGGCGGAGGUUGUGGUGCCGGACAUGUGCCGGGUGUAUGCGGUGCAAGUGCGCUGCAUGCACAUCAACAUCAGCUACUGGAGCGAGUGGAGCGACCUGGUCUACUCCACUCCACAAAACAGCAGAGCUCCUGAGCGUGGCCCUGACUUCUGGAGAGUUCUUCAAGAUGACUCAUACAGAAACCAGACAAAUGUCACGCUGCUGUUUGAGAGUCUCCCAGUGUCGGGGCGCUCCUACUGCGUGGACGGAUUUAUAGUUCAGCACCAGUUCUCGAGCGGCACUGUGACGAGGGAGUGGAUCGAGCCGGUGUCCUCCUACAGCUUCGAGUGGAACCAGGAGCUCCACGCUGUGACUGUGGAGGCCUACAACAGCCUGGGCAGCUCCACCAACAACAUCAACAUGACGCUGGAGAGACAGCACAAACGCCGCUGUGUGCGUUCGUUCCGCGUGUUGGUUAUCAACAGCACCUGUGUGUCUCUGUCCUGGAGCCUGCUGGACAACAGCUCUGUUGUGCCUCUGUUCAUGGUGGUGCAGUGGUCUCCACAGAGGCAGCAGGAGUCUGAUCAUCACAAAGUCCGCAGUGGAGAAACGUGGGCCAGACUUCCCUACACUGACCGUCCCGUCUAUCUAAGAGGUGAUUUCUUUGGCUCUGAGGAAUACGGCUUCUACUUGUACCCUGUGUUUGCUGAUGGAGAAGGGGAGCCGAUGCACACUAUGGCUGCCAGAGGAUAUCCUGCAGCCUACAUGAUGCUGAUGAUCAUCUCCUUCCUUUCCGUUGUCCUGUUCGUCACUCUGGUCCUCUCUCAAAACCAGAUGAAAAGGUUUGUGUGGAAGGAUGUACCCAACCCAAACAAGUGCUCGUGGGCUAAAGGACUAGACUUCAAAAAGACUGACACCUUUGACCACCUGUUCCAACCCCCAGACGGCCUGCCAGCCUGGCCGCUGCUGCUGCCCUCUGAGAACAUCUCCAAAGUCGUCAUAAUGGACAAAGCUGACCUCUCAGCUCUGACCACAGCUCUGGUCCAAACCCCACUUGUAUCCCUGACUCCCGACCCAGUCACUGACUUAGCUAUCUCCGUUCCUCCAGGGUUUGACUCGGAGGUCGACCAAACCCACUUCAUAGAGAGUGAGGUGCUAAUGGAUGGAGCUCCUCCCUUAGCCCUUAAUCUGGAUGCUUUAACCAGUUCACAUCCAAGGAUAGAUGACUUGCAGCCAGUCGAUCCCCCGGGAGACCAGCCGCCGAGCAGCACUGACAGCUCUGCCCAGUCUUCAGUCACAUAUGCCACCGUGCUGCUGUCUGGUGCAAAGCAGAAGCAACAGUCCAUUCACCUCCACUACAAGGACGGUAGUGGCAGCAGCUCCAGUGACGAGGGCAACUUCUCUGCCAACAACUCUGACAUUUCAGGAUCUUUCCCCGGUGGUCUGUGGGAGCUGGACAGCUGCCGGGGCGGGGAGAUGGACGACCCACGGCACUCCUGCUCGUACAACUCUGUGGAGGAGCUUUCUGAAACAUCGGAGCAAGAAGAUGAAGGGGAGGUGAGAGAAGAGAAGGACUUGUUUUAUCUGGGAAUGGACUAUCCAGCGGAGGAUGAGGAGAGUGAGGAGGAAGAGGAGCAGCAGACGGAAGAGGAGACAAAAAUUGGGCUGCUUAAAAAUGUAGUUUUGAACAGAGAAGACUGUCCCGUGGAGACGCACCAUUUGCUCGGCCCUGAGGAAUCGAGCGAGCGCACAGAGCGGCGGUCAGCGUCGACGUGUGGCUUUUCCCCGCUCUACCUGCCUCAGUUCAGAACUGCUCCAUGCACGAGGCAACUACAAGACAGCAAACCCCAGCUGUGACCCUCACUCAGACUGCAUUUACGUGAGAAUGUGCAUCAUUAAAUCCAUUGUGAUGUGGACUGUGUCAUGAUUCAGCAUUUACCAAAGCAGAUUUGCGUCUGUUCCUUCAGACAUAGUGAGGUGUGGAGCUGCAAAAUGUAAAAAUACCUCGACUUAAGUAUGAUUGCAAAUUGAUAUUAAUCAAUGCUGCUAUUGUGUUCAGAUGGAAAAGAAGUCAGGAGGGCAAAAGCCUCAUUCACAGGCAUUCAUUUCUUUUUUUAUGAGGCUUUCAGACCCAGAUUCUACUGUGCCACGCUGCUCCUCUGCAAGGAGGUGCAGUAUUCAUUAUUGAUUGCUGAGAAAAAGGAGCUCAUAUAUUUUCAGUGGAGGUUAGGCUCAUGGAGUAAUGUACAGUUAAUGCUCAAAGAGAGCAGCAGGCAGGCUGUACGAACAGCAUACUGGUCGUCAGGACAGAAGCGACAGGGGAGGAAGGCAUCUCGUGGCUUCAAACAUCCUGAACAUGCAGUAAAUUUCACAGGUGGGCAUACAUUAAAUGCAUAUAAAAAAACAUGUAGGAACUGCCGUGUGUGCCUACAUUCACUCAUCUGCUCCUAUCUUAAUGCGGAAAACAUGUUGUCUUUCAUUCUCUGCUGAAUUCUUUCAGCUGCAUUUUAAGCGAAACAUGAAAGAGGUUCAAAGAGAAUGAAUAAAACGCACAGAAAGCGAAAGAAAAGGCCCACAAUCUGCAUGGUUCUGGCUUUUUCUCAAAGCAUAUUUGACUGUGAAGUGAAGGCAAAAGUUGGAUGUCACUUCAGAGCUACUGGCGUGACUAAAUGAAACCGGGUGAUGAUGAAAACAGCUGUAGUCAGUGAUUAACUGCAGGCGAUUUUCGGGCACAGAAUUUACUGCAUUCAUUGGCAGCUUGUAACGGCAUCAUCGGCAUGGACUAACUCACCCACCAACCCAAAGAAUGUCUUUUUGUACUUUGUGUUGUAAUGUAUUUGAGACUUUGUUACAGUACGUGAGAAAUCUAUUUUUUUCCUGUGUUUUGCCAUUAACACAAACACCUGCUGUCUGGUGUAAGUUAAAGACAAAAGAAUGUAUAUUUGAAACCAGAGGAAGAAGACAUUGAAACUAAUGGAACUAUGGAAACGUGGUUGACAAAUUGUUAUUGUAUAUUCAAAUCUUUUGUCUAUUUUUCAUGGUGAAAAUAAAGUAUUUAUUGUGA